AUUCCGGUAAAAACACACUUGUUUUCAUGUGUUUUGCAAGUAAUUUUCAAAGUGGAAAAUAAAAUAAUGGACGAGGAACUACUGCGUGCAUCCAACUACAUCAACAAUGUCCAAUUAUCGUUAAUAAAAUAUAUUCAUAAACGAGUGUCAUUUAUACUAUCAAAUAAAAGUCAUGGAAGCUGUCAAUGGAGAACUUGAGACAAAGUACCAGAAAAUUGCCACAGAAUAUUCCAAGAUUCGUGCGCAAGCAAAAAUUUUAAAGACAGCCGUGAUUGAGGAGCAAACACGUAAUGCAGACAUUCGUGAACAACUGAAAGAAAAAGAAGUGGAACUUCGUCGUGCCGAACAAGAAUUGGACAGUCUUUCAUUUCGUAAUCAACAGCUCACUAAACGAAUUACCGUAUUACAAGAGGAAUUAGAUAAACUCCAAACGAAACCAAAACAAAAACGCAAUAAAUCAUCAACAGAGAAUAAGACUCAGCAGCCUCAUUCGCAAAAUCAUAUUCUCGAUGAGGAAUUUCAAAAGAAAAUUAUCGAAAAUGCUCAAUUAUUAUCGCUAAUUGCCGAUAAGGAUAAUGAAAUAGAUGCAUUGAGAGAGGAGAUUAAAUUCUUUGAAAAUAAAUUAACACACUGCGAAAAAACGAAAUUAACAUUGGAGGCGCAUUAUCGUGAAAUUAUUGAUAAAUUUGAACGUGAACGCGAUGAUUUACAGAGGAAAUUGAGCGAGAAACAAAAGCAAGAGGAAACAGUUUCAUGGUCAAGUGGCGAGGGUAAACGUGAGGGUUGUGAUUAUGAUUUGAGAAUAGGAAUAAUAAAUCAUCGUCAGAAUGAUCAUUCGCCACUAUCGUCGCCAUCGGCAUCGCGAAGAUCAUCGAAAUCAACGCUAGAAAUGGGCCCGAGAAAACAAUGGCUACCAACGCAGGAGGACAAUAGCGAUGAUUAUGAUUUCACUAAACCACUGGAACUUGAAAAAGAAUUGAAUCACUGGAAAGCGCAAUAUAAUAUUUUAAAACUCAAAUACGAUGAGAUUGUGGUUAAGGAAAGUUUAGAAACACACAUGGCCGAUAAUGAUUCUCUGCAGCCUAUUGAGAUUAAUAAUAUGAUUGGGAGAUUAACAACACCAUUUGCUGUCCCUGAAGAAAUCGAGGCGAGGGAAGCAAAAAUUAGAGAAUACUUUUUACGAGAAAUAGAUAAACUAGUAACUGAAAAACACCUUUGUCACGUCAAAAAUCUGGCAAUUGCUACCAAUAACGAAGUAACGAACGUUCAUUUAGAUACAAGCGAGGCAAGAAGAGAAAAAUGCGAAACAGAAUUAAAAGAAACGCUCUCAAGUUGGAAUAGAUUACAAGAAGAUAAGGAAGCUCAAGAAGGAAAUUAUAAAUUACAAUUGAGCACUAUGAGCGAGCAUCUUGCCAAUAUGAACGAAAAAUUAAUUCAACAAACCGAGGAGAUUCAACAACUCAAAUUUGAGCUUUCGAACAAAAACACUAAAAGGGGAAAAUAAAGACUAACACAAGUGUCGAUUUAAUCGGCAAUCUGACACAUUCCGUGAUAAAAAAAAGAAGAAAAAAAUUCUUGCUAACCAAGUUUUUAUGUACAUACUAAAAAAAAAUUACAGAUGACUAGCAAUGAAUUCGAUUUCUGCCGAUCUUUACACUUGUAGUUAUCUUUUGAAUUCGAUGUUUUUAUUUAUAAAAUAUUAAAUAAAUCUCUAAAUGUUUA